AUGUCAUCAUUAUCUUACAUAUGUGAAGAAUAUGGAUCUAAUUCGGAAGAUAGUGAUACUGACACAAUAGCCCAUGGAACCAAUAGGAGACCUAAGCUACCCGCACCUGAUUUGAGCAAAGUAGCUGUUGUACCGAGUGAUACUCACUUUGAUGAUCCACAGCUUCAUGGGGGCCGGUUGCGGUCAUUUCCACAUGUGAGAGGAAACUGGGCUACAUUUGUUUAUGUAAAUUAUCAUCACCAAACAGAAGUUGUUUUCAAUUUAUUAAAAAAAAUUGAGAAGAUUGUUCUAACUAAAGUGGACACAUGUCAUCGCUGUGAUGAUUUACAUAUUAGUUUGUCAAAAACAUUUAUUUUAAAGUAUCAUUUAAUAUCAACAUUCAGUUCGUCACUUCAGAAAGUUCUCAGCACUGUUGAAAGUUUUGAUAUAGGGUUUGCUGCAGUCAAAGUAUAUUGCAACGAGGACCAGUCGAGAACAUUCAUAUCUCUUGAUGUGGAUCCCUUCAGUCAUAAAAACUUACUAAAUGUGUCAAAAAAGGUGGACGAUGUUAUGAUUGAAUUUCAGCUGCCAACAUUUUACGAGGACCCGUCAUUCCAUAUGAGCCUUUUGUGGACAAAUGGUAAUAAAAAAUCUGAAUUCGACACUAUUAUUGACACAUUAAAUGAUCUACUGUUGCAGGAGAUCGAAAAAGAUUUAAGUACAGUCUUAAUUGAUACAAUCAAUUGUAAAAGUGGAAACAAGUACUUUCAGUACUCAUUGGUAUAA